ACUAGUUGACAACAUGCAGAAGUCGCAGAAGAGUUUGGGCUGUUUGUUCCUUCUCUGUUGCAUCUGUUUGACUGAGUGUCGGGUGCUGAAGUUUGUCGUGGUUGUGUUCCGGCAUGGAGAUCGAUCACCUAUUGAGUCAUAUCCCAGGGAUCCAUAUGGGGAGGCAGUGUGGGCUCAGGGCUUUGGACAGUUGACUGAGCUGGGCAUGAAACAGCAGUUUGAACUGGGCCAGUUUCUAAGGAGGCGUUAUGGAAAUUUCCUCAGUGAAGAAUAUAACAGCAAAGAGAUAUAUGUGCGGAGUACUGACUACGACCGCACUCUGAUGAGUGCCCAGGCUUGCCUUGCUGGGAUGUUCCCCCAAACCAGGCCCAUCAUGCCCCAGUUACUGUGGCGGCCUAUUCCAGUGCACACCAUCCCCAGGGCCCUGGACAAGUUGUUAAGAUCACCAGGUAAAGACUGCCCAAGUUUCAGAGCGAUGAUGACAGAGACCUUCGAGAGUCAGCCCUACCAGAAGUUCCUUAAGGCUCACCAGUACUUUGUGGAGGCACUCUCCAACCACACUGGCUACCCCGUGUCCAAGCUGGUUGGUAAAAAAAUAUGGAGGGUCCAUGACACCCUUAACUGUCAGAGGAUUCAUAACUUGACUUUACCACGCUGGGCCACCCAAGAAGCCUUGGAUACCCUGAAGAGAAUAGCCUCCUUUGAGGUCAUGUACAGCAUCCUCAAUCACAAGCGAAAAGAGAAGGCCAGGCUCUCCGGAGGGGUCCUGCUGAAUGCCAUCCUGAGGAAUUUCUCUAAGGCUGCAGAGCAAGGGAGCACUCUGAAAUUCAUUAUGUACUCAGCUCAUGACUCUACACUCAUCACCCUCCAGGCAGCUCUGGACGUGUAUAACGGGCUUCUUCCUCCUUACGCCGCCUGUCAACUCUUUGAGUUCUACCAGGAGCAUGAUGGAUCCUAUUCAGUGGAGCUACAUUACCGCAAUGACUCCUGGCGUGACCCCUACCCCAACCCUGUGCCAGGAUGCAAUGGGUUGAACCCUUGUCCUUUAUCCUUGUUUAAUGAGCUGGUGAGGGACGUACUGGCAGAAGACUGGGAGGCCGAGUGUGGGUUUGGGACAAGAUGGUCAAGCACAGGUAUCAUCACAGCUCUUGCAGUGGCUGUGGGACUCCUGGCGGUGGCGCUGUUGUUCAGUAUAGGGGUGGCAAUCCACAGGCGGAGAGGACACUACUCCAGGGAAGUGUAGUGCAGAUGACUGAUAACACUUGUGCCAUAAAAUUUAUAUAUUAAAAAUGCUU